AAAAAAAAAAAAAAGAGAGAUAAAAAAAGAGAAGAAAGAAAAAAAAAAUAUAUGUAAUUUAUGAAGAUAAGGGUAGAGAAAGAGAGUACAUAAAAGAAAGGAACUAUGGUAAAAUGCUUAUGGCAAGCUUUUUUUGGGGUAAAUUGUAUCCGGAAGCGAACCAACCGGUUUCAUGGCGUGAUCGUUUUCGUCUUCUUCAUUUCUUCGUCUUUCUCUUUGUCUCUCUCACUGUCUCUAUCUAUCUCUCUUUUUCUCUUUCUCUCUCUCUCUCUCUCUCUCUCUCUCUCUCUCUCUCUCUCUCUCUGUCGAGAUCUAUCUAUCUAUCUCUCUUGCGAAGAAGUCCUGAAUGCGCGUAGACGUGCGUACGUAACAUAUAGUAUAUGAAUGUGUUCGUGCAUGUGUACGUUGUGUGGUGGGCCAGAAAAUAAAAGAUAAUUGUAAAAGAAGGAGGUAGUACGAGUAAGGAACAAAAAGUAAGUUUCCAUUGGUCACUAGCUCAUUUGUCGUUUGGAACGCGAGCAGCACGUUCUGUUGUAUCGAUCAAUAUAGUACAAUCGAUUAUUACGCGAGAAUCGUAAGAGUUCCUAUAUUAUAAACGUAUGAAUAUAAGAAUGUCUCAUGAUACACAAAGUGAUAGUUGUUCUCGUGCAAUAUCAUGUCUUUCAAUAAAUGAUGUACCAAAAAUGCUCACUUCUAAAGACGAAGCUAAAAAUAAAGAAACCUCUGGACUCACGCAUGAGUGUGGUGUUUUUGGGUGUAUUGCUGCUGGAGAUUGGCCAUCACAAAUUGAUGUAAGCCAAGUAAUAUGUCUCGGUUUAAUUGCUCUACAACAUAGAGGUCAAGAAAGUGCUGGUAUUGUUACGAGUCAGGGUAUCUGUUCAAAAUCAUUCUGUGUUCACAAGGGUAUGGGAAUGAUUAAUAACAUCUUCAAUGAUGAAAGCAUGAAGAAACUUAAAGGCAACUUAGGAAUAGGUCAUACUAGAUAUAGUACUAGUGCAGCUAGCGAAGAAGUCAAUUGCCAACCUUUUGUAGUUCAUACAGCACAUGGUGCCUUAGCAGUUGCUCAUAAUGGAGAACUUGUAAAUACGGAAUCACUAAGGAAAAUGGUAUUAGGCCGUGGGGUUGGCCUUUCAACUUAUUCAGAUUCUGAAUUGAUAACACAAGCUUUAUGUUUGAAUCCCCCGGAAGGAGAAGUUAAUGGUCCAGAUUGGCCAGCACGUAUCAAGCAUCUCAUGCAAUUAGCACCAUUAUCUUAUUCCUUAGUGAUCAUGCAAAGAGAUAAAAUUUAUGGUGUUAGAGACCCAUAUGGAAAUAGACCUUUGUGUUUGGGAAAAAUAGUUCCCAUUGGCAAGCUCGCAGGUGACGAUUCAGACGAUGACGACGAAGCCGAAGGUUGGGUAAUCUCGUCAGAAUCUUGUGGUUUCUUAAGCAUUGGUGCAAGAUACGUUCGAGAAGUUUUCCCAGGUGAAAUUGUAGAAUUAACUCGCGAAGGUAUUAAAACGAUUGACAUUGUAGAGAGACCAGAUAAUAAGCCACAAGCAUUCUGCAUAUUUGAAUAUGUUUACUUUGCACGAAGUGACAGUAUUUUUGAAGGACAAAUGGUAUAUUCGGUUCGUAUGCAAUGUGGUCGUGUAUUAGCAAUAGAAUCUCCAGUAGAUGCAGACAUAGUUAGUUCUGUACCAGAAUCUGGUACAGCAGCAGCGCAUGGUUAUGCUAGACAGUCCCAAAUACCGUUCGCCGAAGUAUUAUGCAAAAAUAGAUACGUUGGUAGAACAUUCAUUCAACCUAGUACACGAUUAAGACAAUUAGGAGUUGCUAAAAAAUUUGGAGCUUUAUCUGAAAAUGUAAAGGGAAAGAAAUUGAUUCUCAUUGAUGAUUCUAUUGUCAGAGGAAACACAAUUGGACCUAUUAUAAAAUUACUACGGGAUGCAGGAGCAAAAGAAGUUCAUAUCAAAGUAGCAUCCCCUCCUUUAAAAUAUCCAUGCUAUAUGGGAAUAAACAUUCCAACAAGGGAAGAGUUAAUUGCGAAUAAACUGGACAAUGUAAAAUUAGCCAAAUAUGUUGGUGCUGAUAGUUUAACAUACCUUUCUGUCGAAGGGCUUAUUCAAGCUGUUAGACAUGGUAUGGAUAAUAAAGAAAGCAGUUAUAUUGGUCACUGCACUGCUUGUUUGACAGGAGAAUAUCCAGAUGAACUACCUGGUGACUUAGAUUGGUGAAGAACGUGAACGAUUCAUAGUUUCACAAAGAAGAAAGUGGAUCCUCUUCUCCAAUACAAACUUCAAUCUAUUUUUCCUAAUUACCAGCAAGAAUAUUAUAUAAUUUUUAAGUUUAUUGGCUAGAUUUAUUGGCUAUAUAUAUUGAUAAAAUGUAUAUAGCCAUUUUGUUAUUCUAAGCUGGUCAGCUAGUUCAGUGCAGUAUUUUAUAUUUAACAAUAUAGUUUAAUUGUAUUUAUAAUCUAUAUAUAAAAUAAUUUUUCUUGGAUGGAAAGAUCAAUCUCAA